AUGGCCGCGGAGCUGAAGGCAGAGGUCGAGGGCCUUGUGGCCAAGAUCGCCGACAAGGCGGCAGGACAGUCCGCCCUGGAAGGUUUGGCCGCAAUCGCGAAGGACAAGGGGCGCCCGGCCGAACCCUUCUUGGUGGCCGCUUUCCCCAAGAUCCUGGAGGCUUCGAACGACAAGUCCAAGAACGUGAAGGAUGCCGCUGUCGCCACCAGCAAGGCCAUCAUGGAGAUGGUCUCCCCAUUUGCCGUCGAGCUCCUGCUGCCCUCCUUCCUGAACGGGCUGGCCGUGAAGGCAAAGCCCACCCAGAAGGAAGCCACUCUGCAAAUCAUCUCCGCCCUGGCUGGCAAAGCUCCUCGCGCCGUGGGCUACCUGCUGGUGAACCUAGUUGCUCCCGUGGCUGACCUGACCUGCGACAUCAAGAAGGAGGUGAAGACAGCGGCGCUGGAGUGCAUGACGGCCAUCUGCGGAUGCACGGGAAACAAGGACUUGGAGCCCUUCCUCCCAGCCGUGGUCGAUGCUGCCUCUUCUAUUGACAAGACCCACGCCUGCGUGGAGAAGCUGGCCGGAUGCAUCUUCGUGCAGAAUGUGGAGGCCCCGGCUCUGGCAGUCACCAUGCCCGUGCUGACGCGCGGCCUGAACGACAAGAACGAGGAGGUGAAGCGCACGUGCUGCCAGAUCGUGGACAACAUGUGCAAGCUCGUCGAGGACCCUGCAGAGGUGCUGCCUUUGAUGCCGAAGUUGGAUCCUUUGGUCAAGAGCGCCACACAGAAGAUCUCCGACCCAGAAGCACGAGGCGUCGCCGAGAAGGCCUACAAGACCUUGCAGAAGGCCGCCGGAGAAGGUGCCGAGUCUCUGCAGCAGAUGAAGCUUGAGGAUGCCAAGAAGCAGGUGUCCGCAGCGCUGGGUGGCAAUGCAGGCUCCGGAGAGGCCUUCGAAGACGAGCUGACGCAUGUUUCCGCCCUGGCCGCGUGCGCCGCCAACAUGCGGGUCUUCGAUGAGGACCUGUGGAAGAAGGACGUCGGCUACCUGGCACCUUUCGACUCCAUCACCGAGGCGCUGCGUGCCAAGAUGGAAAUCGCCGCCAAGCCCAAGGAAGAGGUCGAGGAGGAGGACACCGAGGGCGUUGACCUGUACAAGGGAGCCUUCUCCCUGGCCUACGGCACGCUCACCUUGCUGCGCGACGCCAAGAUGCAUCUGAAGCGCAACCGCUUCUAUGGCCUCCUUGGACCCAACCAGUGUGGCAAGACGACGCUCAUGCGCGCCAUCGCCAACGAGCAGCUGGAGGGCUUCCCCAAGCGAGACGAGCUCAAGAGCGUCUUCGUUGAGCACGAGAUCGAAGAUGAGGAGGUGGGAGUGCAGGACGAUGGUUUCCCCAUCCUUUCGGUGGACAAGCCCGGAUGGUGGUGGGUCGUCCACACCUGCAACGACAUCUACAAGCUGGACCCGCCUGUGAAGGAGGAGACGGUCAAGGAGCUGAUGAAGUCCAUCGGCUUCGGCUACCCUGGCGGCCCCGACCGUGCCGCCAAUCUGGAGCUGCCGGUGACCUCCUACUCCGGCGGUUGGAAGAUGAAGAUGCAGCUGUGCGCUGCGCAGCUGAUGAACGCCGACGUGCUCAUGCUGGACGAGCCGACCGGACAUCUUGACGUUGACAACAUCAAGUGGCUGGAAGACUGGCUCGAGUCCUUCGAUGGAAGCAUCAUCUGCACCUCCCACUUCAGCCCUUUCCUUGACAAGAUGUGCACUCACAUCAUCGACUUCCAGGACCGCAAGCUCAAGACCUUCAAGGGCGAGAAGGGCCAGACCCUCACCCAGUUCGUGGAGAAGUACCCGGAGAAGAAGUCGUACUUCGAGAUCCGCAACGACAACAUGCGCUUCGUGUUCCCGGAGCCCGGCGCGCUGGAAGGCGUGAAGAGCCGCAGCAAGGUCAUCCUGCGCAUGAACAACGUCAGCUUCACGUACCCCACCAAGGACAAGCCCACCAUCAUGGAUGUGAGCCUGACUGUGUCCCAGGUGAGCCGAGUGGCAGUGAUCGGCGCCAACGGUGCGGGCAAAUCCACGGCCAUCAAGGUGCUGGUGGGCGAGCAGCUUCCCACGGAAGGCACCAUCUGGAAGGCCCAGGGCCUGCGAAUGGCCUACGUGGCGCAGCACGCCUUCCACCACUUGGAGAAGCACAUGCAGGAGACCCCCACGCAGUACAUCAUGUGGCGCUUUGCGGGCAACGAUGACCGCGAGAGCAUCGAGUUCAAGACCGAGGACCUCUCAGUGGACGAGGAGAAGGCCCGGGCCCAGAAGUGGUGCAUCGACUCCGUCACCGGCAACGUGCGCCGCUGCACGGACCCCAAGGAGGACGCCAAGAAGGCCAAGCAGGACGAGGCUGGAGCCGUGGUCCCGGAUGCCAUUGUCAACCGACGUCAGAAGAAGAAGGAGAAGACUUUCGAGUACGAGGUGAAGUGGCAGUUCAAGUCCAUGGACAACAACACCUGGGUGGAGAAGGACACCCUGGUGAAGAUGGGCUACAUCAAGCUUGUGCAGCGCGAGGAUGAGCGUCAGGCCGCCAUGGCGGGCCUGAUGACCAAGCAGCUCACCCAGCCGGGCGUGGAGAAGCACCUGGCAGACUUCGGCGUCGAUGCCGAGUCCGCCAGCCACACGCAGAUCAACCAGCUCAGUGGCGGAAUGAAGGUGAAGAUCGUCCUGGCGGCUGCCAUGUGGCAGAACCCGCACGUUCUCAUCCUUGACGAGCCGACCAACUACCUUGACCGCGACGGCCUGGGUGCCUUGGUCUUGGCAAUCAAGGACUACAAGGGCGGUGUCCUCAUCAUCUCCCACAACAAGGAGUUCUGCGACAGCGUGGCGACGGAGAAGUGGAUCAUGCAGGCAGGCCGCCUCCGCAUCGAGGGCGAGUCUAUCGACAACUCCAAGGAUGACGACAACGCAAACAAAGGCCCUGAUGAGGUCUUCGACGGCGCGGGCAACAAGAUCGAGGUCAAGAAGAGCGUCACCAUGACCGAGAAGGACAAGAAGAAGUCCAUCAAGGACCUUGAGAAGAAGAUCAAGGACGGCAAGAAGAAGCAGACGCUGACCGACGAGGAGGUCUGGGAGCUCGAGGACAAGCUCAACGAGCUGAAGGAGAGCCUGAAGGGCAAGGACCAUGGGCGAUCUUUAUGUUCUGCUAUGUUCUACAAGGCCCCUGCCACAGUGGCAGAUGCGCUGGCCUCUACAGACCGUGCCGUCGUAUUGAAUGGAAGCAUUCAGCACGCCAACAAACCAAAGUCUGCCGAAGUUUGUGCGAGCUGGAUCCUUAGCUGGCCGUUCUGCCGCGAUUUUUGCCCUCAGCGUGAAGCAAUGGCCGCGGAGCUGAAGGCUGAGGUCGAGGGCCUUGUGGCCAAGAUCGCCGACAAGGCGGCAGGACAGUCCGCCCUGGAAGGUCUGGCCGCAAUCGCGAAGGACAAGGGGCGCCCGGCCGAACCCUUCUUGGUGGCCGCUUUCCCCAAGAUCCUGGAGGCUUCGAACGACAAGUCCAAGAACGUGAAGGAUGCCGCUGUCGCCACCAGCAAGGCCAUCAUGGAGAUGGUCUCCCCAUUUGCCGUCGAGCUCCUGCUGCCCUCCUUCCUGAACGGGCUGGCCGUGAAGGCAAAGCCCACCCAGAAGGAAGCCACUCUGCAAAUCAUCUCCGCCCUGGCUGGCAAAGCUCCUCGCGCCGUGGGCUACCUGCUGGUGAACCUAGUUGCUCCCGUGGCUGACCUGACCUGCGACAUCAAGAAGGAGGUGAAGACAGCGGCGCUGGAGUGCAUGACGGCCAUCUGCGGAUGCACGGGAAACAAGGCCACCAACUUCUUGCGCUUGCGGACGGAGGCAUGCGUGAAAGUGCUUGAGAUGCUCUCCCUCAGUGCGCCUCAGGACUUGGAGCCCUUCCUCCCAGCCGUGGUCGAUGCUGCCUCUUCUAUUGACAAGACCCACGCCUGCGUGGAGAAGCUGGCCGGCAUCUUCGUGCAGAAUGUGGAGGCCCCGGCUCUGGCAGCCGGGAGCCCAGAGGAAUUUCCGGUCACCAUGCCCGUGCUGACGCGCGGCCUGAACGACAAGAACGAGGUGAAGCGCACGUGCUGCCAGAUCGUGGACAACAUGUGCAAGCUCGUCGAGGACCCUGCAGAGGCCGAGAAUAGCCGAGAGCACGGGCAGAUGGGUGCAGAUUGGGUGCAGAUUGGGUGCAAACUGCAUCGCAUGAUCCGUUUUGUUUUCGGAGGUGCUGCCUUUGAUGCCGAAGUUGGAUCCUUUGGUCAAGAGCGCCACACAGAAGAUCUCCGACCCAGAAGCACGAGGCCUCUUCUCGGCUUUCAAGGGGGCCCAGCGUAUCCCGAGCCCGUCGUUUCUAUCUUUGCAAUGGCUAUUCCUUUGCUGACCUUUGCCGCAAAGGAGUGGGAUGGAGUGGGGCAACGUGGGACGGAGGGCGUCGCCGAGAAGGCCUACAAGACCUUGCAGAAGGCCGCCGGAGAAGGUGCCGAGUCUCUGCAGCAGAUGAAGCUUGAGGAUGCCAAGAAGCAGGUGUCCGCAGCGCUGGGUGGCAAUGCAGGCUCCGGAGAGGCCUUCGAAGACGAGCUGACGCAUGUUUCCGCCCUGGCCGCGUGCGCCGCCAACAUGCGGGUCUUCGAUGAGGACCUGUGGAAGAAGGACGUCGGCUACCUGGCACCUUUCGACUCCAUCACCGAGGCGCUGCGUGCCAAGAUGGAAAUCGCCGCCAAGCCCAAGGAAGAGGUCGAGGAGGAGGACACCGAGGGCGUUGACCUGUACAAGGGAGCCUUCUCCCUGGCCUACGGCACGCUCACCUUGCUGCGCGACGCCAAGAUGCAUCUGAAGCGCAACCGCUUCUAUGGCCUCCUUGGACCCAACCAGUGUGGCAAGACGACGCUCAUGCGUGCCAUCGCCAACGAGCAGCUGGAGGCAGGGAUCGAAGAUGAGGAGGUGGGAGUGCAGGACGAUGGCUGGGAGCCGAGUUUCCCCAUCCUUUCGGUGGACAAGCCCGGAUGGUGGUGGGUCGUCCACACCUGCAACGCGGCUGAAGUGGUCGGGACAUGGUGCUGCGCCAACUGUGCUGCACCACUGAACCAUGCCACCUUGCCAAUUUCAGGCAACGACAUCUACAAGCUGGACCCGCCUGUGAAGGAGGAGACGGUCAAGGAGCUGAUGAAGUCCAUCGGCUUCGGCUACCCUGGCGGCCCCGACCGUGCCGCCAAUCUGGAGCUGCGCCCCGGCCGCAGCGCCGGAAAGCCGGUGACCUCCUACUCCGGCGGUUGGAAGAUGAAGAUGCAGCUGUGCGCUGCGCAGCUGAUGAACGCCGACGUGCUCAUGCUGGACGAGCCGACCGGACAUCUUGACGUUGACAACAUCAAGUGGCUGGAAGACUGGCUCGAGUCCUUCGAUGGAAGCAUCAUCUGCACCUCCCACUUCAGCCCUUUCCUUGACAAGAUGUGCAUCCUGGCCGUGCAGAAAACACACUGCACAUCCGGUAAUGUGCGGUGCACUCACAUCAUCGACUUCCAGGACCGCAAGCUCAAGACCUUCAAGGGCGAGAAGGGCCAGACCCUCACCCAGUUCGUGGAGAAGUACCCGGAGAAGAAGUCGUACUUCGAGAUCCGCAACGACAACAUGCGCUUCGUGUUCCCGGAGCCCGGCGCGCUGGAAGGCGUGAAGAGCCGCAGCAAGGUCAUCCUGCGCAUGAACAACGUCAGCUUCACGUACCCCACCAAGGACAAGCCCACCAUCAUGGAUGUGAGCCUGAGCCUUGAGCAGCAUUGGCAUUGGCCCCUCCGUUCCAUGACUGUGUCCCAGGUGAGCCGAGUGGCAGUGAUCGGCGCCAACGGUGCGGGCAAAUCCACGGCCAUCAAGGUGCUGGUGGGCGAGCAGCUUCCCACGGAAGGCACCAUCUGGAAGGCCCAGGGCCUGCGAAUGGCCUACGUGGCGCAGCACGCCUUCCACCACUUGGAGAAGCACAUGCAGGAGACCCCCACGCAGUACAUCAUGUGGCGCUUUGCGGGCAACGAUGACCGCGAGAGCAUCGAGUUCAAGACCGAGGACCUCUCAGUGGACGAGGAGAAGGCCCGGGCCCAGAAGUGGUGCAUCGACUCCGUCACCGGCAACGUGCGCCGCUGCACGGACCCCAAGGAGGACGCCAAGAAGGCCAAGCAGGACGAGGCUGGAGCCGUGGUCCCGGAUGCCAUUGUCAACCGACGUCAGAAGAAGAAGGAGAAGACUUUCGAGUACGAGGUGAAGUGGCAGUUCAAGUCCAUGGACAACAACACCUGGGUGGAGAAGGACACCCUGGUGAAGAUGGGCUACAUCAAGCUUGUGCAGCGCGAGGAUGAGCGUCAGGCCGCCAUGGCGGGCCUGAUGACCAAGCAGCUCACCCAGCCGGGCGUGGAGAAGCACCUGGCAGACUUCGGCGUCGAUGCCGAGUCCGCCAGCCACACGCAGAUCAACCAGCUCAGUGGCGGAAUGAAGGUGAAGAUCGUCCUGGCGGCUGCCAUGUGGCAGAACCCGCACGUUCUCAUCCUUGACGAGCCGCUCAGAUGCCUUGUAGACGGAUGCGGCCCACGCGGCAAGAUGCUCGUAGACUGCUUUCCUUGGAACGGCAUCACGUGGCAUGCCCUGUGCAACGAUCCCCCGAGGCCGACCAACUACCUUGACCGCGACGGCCUGGGUGCCCCCGCCUGCACUUUGUCACAGCCGCCCUGCCCUGGGCGUGCCUUGGUCUUGGCAAUCAAGGACUACAAGGGCGGUGUCCUCAUCAUCUCCCACAACAAGGCGACCUGUGCUCUGCCAUGGCUCUCAGUUCAGGAGUUCUGCGACAGCGUGGCGACGGAGAAGUGGAUCAUGCAGCACCUCGGAGCAGCCGGCCGCCUCCGCAUCGAGGGCGAGUCUAUCGACAACUCCAAGGAUGACGACAACGCAAACAAAGGCCCAGAACAGGGACAGCUCCACUGCCCUGAUGAGGUCUUCGACGGCGCGGGCAACAAGAUCGAGGUCAAGAAGAGCGCAACUGGUUGGCAAGCGGAGCCAGAGAAUGACCCUCCCUGGACAGUCACCAUGACCGAGAAGGACAAGAAGAAGUCCAUCAAGGACCUUGAGAAGAAGAUCAAGGACGGCAAGAAGAAGCAGACGCUGACCGACGAGGAGGUCUGGGAGCUCGAGGACAAGCUCAACGAGCUGAAGGAGAGCCUGAAGGGCAAGGACCAUGGGCGAUCUUUAUGUUCUGCUAUGUUCUACAAGGCCCCUGCCACAGUGGCAGAUGCGCUGGCCUCUAACAGCGAAGACUUGGCGGGCCCUGAUGUACGUUUUUGCCCUUCGCGUGAAGCAAUGGCCGCGGAGCUGAAGGCUGAGGUCGAGGGCCUUGUGGCCAAGAUCGCCGACAAGGCGGCAGGACAGUCCGCCCUGGAAGGUCUGGCCGCAAUCGCGAAGGACAAGGGGCGCCCGGCCGAACCCUUCUUGGUGGCCGCUUUCCCCAAGAUCCUGGAGGCUUCGAACGACAAGUCCAAGAACGUGAAGGAUGCCGCUGUCGCCACCAGCAAGGCCAUCAUGGAGAUGGUCUCCCCAUUUGCCGUCGAGCUCCUGCUGCCCUCCUUCCUGAACGGGCUGGCCGUGAAGGCAAAGCCCACCCAGAAGGAAGCCACUCUGCAAAUCAUCUCCGCCCUGGCUGGCAAAGCUCCUCGCGCCGUGGGCUACCUGCUGGUGAACCUAGUUGCUCCCGUGGCUGACCUGACCUGCGACAUCAAGAAGGAGGUGAAGACAGCGGCGCUGGAGUGCAUGACGGCCAUCUGCGGAUGCACGGGAAACAAGGCCACCAACUUCUUGCGCUUGCGGACGGAGGCAUGCGUGAAAGUGCUUGAGAUGCUCUCCCUCAGUGCGCCUCAGGACUUGGAGCCCUUCCUCCCAGCCGUGGUCGAUGCUGCCUCUUCUAUUGACAAGACCCACGCCUGCGUGGAGAAGCUGGCCGGCAUCUUCGUGCAGAAUGUGGAGGCCCCGGCUCUGGCAGCCGGGAGCCCAGAGGAAUUUCCGGUCACCAUGCCCGUGCUGACGCGCGGCCUGAACGACAAGAACGAGGUGAAGCGCACGUGCUGCCAGAUCGUGGACAACAUGUGCAAGCUCGUCGAGGACCCUGCAGAGGCCGAGAAUAGCCGAGAGCACGCGCAGAUGGGUGCAGAUUGGGUGCAGAUUGGGUGCAGAUUGGGUGCAAACUGCAUCGCAUGCGUCGCCGAGAAGGCCUACAAGACCUUGCAGAAGGCCGCCGGAGAAGGUGCCGAGUCUCUGCAGCAGAUGAAGCUUGAGGAUGCCAAGAAGCAGGUGUCCGCAGCGCUGGGUGGCAAUGCAGGCUCCGGAGAGGCCUUCGAAGACGAGCUGACGCAUGUUUCCGCCCUGGCCGCGUGCGCCGCCAACAUGCGGGUCUUCGAUGAGGACCUGUGGAAGAAGGACGUCGGCUACCUGGCACCUUUCGACUCCAUCACCGAGGCGCUGCGUGCCAAGAUGGAAAUCGCCGCCAAGCCCAAGGAAGAGGUCGAGGAGGAGGACACCGAGGGCGUUGACCUGUACAAGGGAGCCUUCUCCCUGGCCUACGGCACGCUCACCUUGCUGCGCGACGCCAAGAUGCAUCUGAAGCGCAACCGCUUCUAUGGCCUCCUUGGACCCAACCAGUGUGGCAAGACGACGCUCAUGCGUGCCAUCGCCAACGAGCAGCUGGAGGCAGGGAUCGAAGAUGAGGAGGUGGGAGUGCAGGACGAUGGUUUCCCCAUCCUUUCGGUGGACAAGCCCGGAUGGUGGUGGGUCGUCCACACCUGCAACGACAUCUACAAGCUGGACCCGCCUGUGAAGGAGGAGACGGUCAAGGAGCUGAUGAAGUCCAUCGGCUUCGGCUACCCUGGCGGCCCCGACCGUGCCGCCAAUCUGGAGCUGCCGGUGACCUCCUACUCCGGCGGUUGGAAGAUGAAGAUGCAGCUGUGCGCUGCGCAGCUGAUGAACGCCGACGUGCUCAUGCUGGACGAGCCGACCGGACAUCUUGACGUUGACAACAUCAAGUGGCUGGAAGACUGGCUCGAGUCCUUCGAUGGAAGCAUCAUCUGCACCUCCCACUUCAGCCCUUUCCUUGACAAGAUGUGCACUCACAUCAUCGACUUCCAGGACCGCAAGCUCAAGACCUUCAAGGGCGAGAAGGGCCAGACCCUCACCCAGUUCGUGGAGAAGUACCCGGAGAAGAAGUCGUACUUCGAGAUCCGCAACGACAACAUGCGCUUCGUGUUCCCGGAGCCCGGCGCGCUGGAAGGCGUGAAGAGCCGCAGCAAGGUCAUCCUGCGCAUGAACAACGUCAGCUUCACGUACCCCACCAAGGACAAGCCCACCAUCAUGGAUGUGAGCCUGACUGUGUCCCAGGUGAGCCGAGUGGCAGUGAUCGGCGCCAACGGUGCGGGCAAAUCCACGGCCAUCAAGGUGCUGGUGGGCGAGCAGCUUCCCACGGAAGGCACCAUCUGGAAGGCCCAGGGCCUGCGAAUGGCCUACGUGGCGCAGCACGCCUUCCACCACUUGGAGAAGCACAUGCAGGAGACCCCCACGCAGUACAUCAUGUGGCGCUUUGCGGGCAACGAUGACCGCGAGAGCAUCGAGUUCAAGACCGAGGACCUCUCAGUGGACGAGGAGAAGGCCCGGGCCCAGAAGUGGUGCAUCGACUCCGUCACCGGCAACGUGCGCCGCUGCACGGACCCCAAGGAGGACGCCAAGAAGGCCAAGCAGGACGAGGCUGGAGCCGUGGUCCCGGAUGCCAUUGUCAACCGACGUCAGAAGAAGAAGGAGAAGACUUUCGAGUACGAGGUGAAGUGGCAGUUCAAGUCCAUGGACAACAACACCUGGGUGGAGAAGGACACCCUGGUGAAGAUGGGCUACAUCAAGCUUGUGCAGCGCGAGGAUGAGCGUCAGGCCGCCAUGGCGGGCCUGAUGACCAAGCAGCUCACCCAGCCGGGCGUGGAGAAGCACCUGGCAGACUUCGGCGUCGAUGCCGAGUCCGCCAGCCACACGCAGAUCAACCAGCUCAGUGGCGGAAUGAAGGUGAAGAUCGUCCUGGCGGCUGCCAUGUGGCAGAACCCGCACGUUCUCAUCCUUGACGAGCCGCUCAGAUGCCUUGUAGACGGAUGCGGCCCACGCGGCAAGAUGCUCGUAGACUGCUUUCCUUGGAACGGCAUCACGUGGCGUGCCCUGUGCAACGAUCCCCCGAGGCCGACCAACUACCUUGACCGCGACGGCCUGGGUGCCCCGCCUGCACUUUGUCACAGUGCCUUGGUCUUGGCAAUCAAGGACUACAAGGGCGGUGUCCUCAUCAUCUCCCACAACAAGGAGUUCUGCGACAGCGUGGCGACGGAGAAGUGGAUCAUGCAGGCAGGCCGCCUCCGCAUCGAGGGCGAGUCUAUCGACAACUCCAAGGAUGACGACAACGCAAACAAAGGCCCUGAUGAGGUCUUCGACGGCGCGGGCAACAAGAUCGAGGUCAAGAAGAGCGUCACCAUGACCGAGAAGGACAAGAAGAAGUCCAUCAAGGACCUUGAGAAGAAGAUCAAGGACGGCAAGAAGAAGCAGACGCUGACCGACGAGGAGGUCUGGGAGCUCGAGGACAAGCUCAACGAGCUGAAGGAGAGCCUGAAGGGCAAGGUACAACGAAAGGCAAAUGUUUUUGUUUGCGUAUCCUUCAUGUCAAAGGAUGAAGUGAAACUGAGGCCCACCGGGCCGUUGGCUUGCGAUCAGAUUUGGAAACUGCGGGCAUCCCGGCACUCUGUGCCUCGCGCCGCGCUGGUUGAACAACUCACCCAGGCCUCGGAGGCUUUGGAAGGUCUUCGCGACAAGUGGGAUGCCAUCGAGCUGGGGCAGGCACAGAACUUGCAACCACUUGCGGAUGAGGAGGUGGCUCUUCGGAAUGCCAUCCGCACCUUAGAGUUUGGAGAUCCAGCUGAAAUCCAAGCGAUACCGCAGACGCCAUGCGACGAUCCGGUUGUUGCCGGUUACUAUCGCAUUGCACGCGCCCUGCUUGAGCUGGAGGUGGCGCAGAAGGAAUGGGAGGUCCGCACGGCUCAGGCCGCCGGCCUUGACCAGCCGAACUCACCGGAAGCUGGGGCCUUCGCCAGCAGGCUUCUGGGAAUUGCGCUCCUUCGAAUUCGAAUGUUCCAGCACUCCGAGGCAUAUGCGCUGCUGCAGCGUGCUGUCCCGACUAUGUUGGCCACGCAGCAGUUUGUGGGUUCGGAGGGCGAAGCAGCCAAGCAUUGGCUGCAAAACUUGUGCCGCAACACAGCUAUGAGCCAAAUGCUCCGCAGUCCAGGUCACAUGCAAGGCGUGGACAUCUCGGAUAGCCAGCACCUGGAACGGCUGCAGGCACUGGGCCGGUCACUCCGUGGCUGCGGAUACGCGGCAAAGGCCAUCCUGGACUUGACCAAGGCCCCAACGCUUGAAAUGUUUGCCGACGACGACUUGUGCGGCCAAGCUGCUGACUCCUUGCUCGCCGGCUCUCAAAGCAAUGCCGCGCUUCAAGAGCUUACACGGUUCUUCCUCUUGAGCAGGCCGCUGCCACUCAAGCAGCUGGCAGAGCUGCUGGGUUCGUCCUGCGUAGAGUUCCUCCUCGAGCUCCAAGCGAUCACGGCGAUCCGCGGCCUUGCGUGCACACUGGUCAAGGCAGAUGAGGCUGUCCAGGCAAUUGAAGCUGCUCCGGAAGACUUAUUCUGUUUUGCAAACAUCAAGAUCUGGCCGGUGGAGGACCUCCUCAUCGCCACAGAUCGACAAACAUGGCCAUCCCAGGCCUUUGAGCCUGUGAUGUACCUUUCGGAUGAUUCCUGGGGGCUCAUCUACGGAGCUCCGCGGGUGGAAGUGGAGUCAGUGCUGGACUUAUGUACAGGCAGUGGCGUCCAGGGGCUAGUAGCCCUGCAGAAUUACGCCAAGACAGCCACUUUCGUGGACUUGAAUCCACGCGCGUUGGACUUUGUGCGAUUCAACGUCGCUCUGAAUGGGCUCUCGCAGAAAGUUUCUGGCAUCUACGAGGGGAAUCUGUAUGAGGCGCUACCCCCAGAAUCUGGACCCUUUGACGCUAUCCUGGCCAAUCCGCCCUUCCUGCCGAACCCACGCGGCAUCGGUUCGCAGUGCUCGGCGAAGUUCGGGGAUGGAGGUGACUUUGGAGAGGACGUUUUGGAGGCAAUCAUGGAAGGCGUGGCAAAGAAUCUCAAACCUUCUGGGCACUUGAGUGCUGUCACGUAUGCGCCGAACACCCCGGAGAUGCCAGACAGGAUCGCGCGAUACCUGAACGUCCCGGAGAAGACAUCGCCUUGCAUCACGGUCUUCAGCAGCAAGCUAAAGCCUGCCAAGGAGUUCAAGCCCGUCUCCAGCGCGGUUGAAGCUGCUCGAUAUCAGGAAGCGCUGGACGAAGUUGGCGUCAAGACGAUGGCCGAGGCUAUUACUGUGGUAAGCUUCGUCGAUGGAUGUCCCCAGACGAACUUCGUCCUCAAGGAGCGGCUUUUCCAGGAUGAGGGCUACUUGAGAAGUCUCUGGAAUGAGCACCUGGAGGCAGACCUUGUAUCGCCGUUUGCAUCCCGCCAUGCGCUUGCAUUCCGCACGUUCCAAAUUGCCAUGAGCAGCGUUCCUGAUCAGCAGCCGGGCCUUCUGCCGUUGCAGUUCUUCCUCGACCGGGACAUCCAGAUGAGCCAGAUGAGCCACGUGAGCCACACGAGCGAGAGCCACGUGCGCGAGAGCAUUGAGCUGGGCUCAAACAUGCUGCCGGUGCGGGAUGAGACGAGGGGAAGUAGCCUUGAGGCCAUUGCCUCCUUCAGCAGGGCCGAGCCGGAUGAUGGCCACACGGCAACUUUGACACCCAGCUGUUUCAGUCUCGUCUUAAUGUGUGCAGUUCACGGUGUCAGUAUGUGGGUACCGAUUCUUUUGGUCAUCCCGGUGUCCGUGGCACAGAUCACGGUUAUCUGGAUUAUCACGUUCAGAUCACCGGAGUACCUCUUCGGGUCGGGCCGGUGGCUGCUGCCAAACUCCGCAUCAAAGUCACUUAAUGCAAUGAAAGCCUUCGCCUCCGUCUUGAUGCUGGGCCAGAUCGCCGAGGAGUUCUACGAAAUUGGUGAAUCGGCAGGCGUUCUUCGCCGGAGUCGGCUGGCCAAGUCCUGGCGCUGGUACGUGUGCUGGAUGGUCGUUGCCAUGCAGUACGUCCUUGCACUGAUGGUUCUCGUGGCAUCUGACCACCUCAUCCUUAGCAGGGAGAGACCCAUCGAGCCGCUCUGGAUAACAUACUACGUCUUCAUGACUCUGAACUUUGACAACAUGCUGGUUCGCUUCAUCAGCUACGUGCACACUAUGGAGCGAUCACCGACCUGGAAGGUUGACGUGUACGAGCCCACGUCACCCAACUCGGCGACCAACCUGCGAAGGUCUGACGGCAUCCAACGCUUGUUUCUGGUUUGGAUACCCGUUUUCGUGGCCAUCAUGCUGAACAUCACUUCUAGGGUGUUCAACAGGCUACCUAUCACUCUGCUGCGAUAUGGCGCGGUGACAAACGACCUCAAUGACGUUGGCGUGACGUUGGUGCUGCACACAUCAACCAUUUUUCGUUUGCGGAUUAGGGAUGGUUGGGAACUUCAGGUGAUGAUGACGUCCAGCAUGGGCCUUCCUCACGGCUGCUGCCCUGCGGAGGCCGUGUGGCACCAGAACUCGACCGAGGACUCUGUCAGGUUCAGCAGCUCAGCUGAAUGA